AUGGUCUACCAGCAACCUACCGUGAGCUCAGAGCUCGAAAGCGACAUCUCUCGCUACAACAUCCUGAACUACUGCACCAUCAUCCUGCCCGGCAAGACCUGCCACGUUGUGGUUGCUCAUUGCAUAACCUGCCGCAUGAGCGGCCACCAGCAAUACCAGGCCAAGUUGAUGGUGGACGGCAAAUUUGUACUCAGGGGUGGAUGCAAGAACACCAUCGAAGAGGCACUGGCUGGCCUCUACUACUGGUUGCAGAGACGUGGCGAGUGGAAGGCCGAGAGAUUCCACGGUUGA